CUCUCUCUCUAGUUCUCAGCGACUUCGCUCUCGUUCUUUUGGCUUUCUCUACGGCUUCGGGCUUUGGCUCUGUUCCUCUUCGGAUUCAGCCUUCGUGGCCAUGAAAGCUAAGCUCUCCUAGCCCUGGUUUGCUUAGUCACGUGGAUUUCAGCGUCUUGCUCUUUAUCCAUAUGGAUUCAGCUCAAGUCAAUGAAUGCGGGGAUAUUGUUGAGGAUGGUGCAUUUGAUGAGCAAUCAGCUUAUCCAGAAUGUACUCAUUUAUAUGAUGUCUUUGGAGAACCACAGGUAUUUCCUCGAGUGGGUAAUGAAUACCAGGUUGAAGUUCCACCACAGAUUACAGGAUGUGACUCUCUCUGGUUUACAAAGAACCCAUCUGAUGCAGAAAACACAGCUGGCGAUCCUCAUGAUUUUCUGGUGGGAUUGUCUGUGCCAGUAAUGUGGAUCAGUGGAUCAGUGGAGAAUGUAAAAUAUGAACCACAUGAAGCUAUUGGUGAUUCAACUGAAGUAUCCGUUAAAGAUGAUCCUCUAAGAUAUGAAUAUAAUGGAAAGAGCCACAAGAUUUUGGAGGGCAGCAACUUAGAACCUAAAGAUGAGCCUACAAAUGAUACGUUAGACAAUGGGAUAAACUUGGGAGAAUUAGCAAAUAUAGCUAUGCAACAAGAAAUGAAGAAUACGCAUGAUAUGGAUACAGGCAAAGGCUACUACCCAGUUCCUGGUUCCUUGGGAAAUUCCUGGAGUGAUAAAGAAGAGGCCAGUUUGAUCCUUGGUUUAUAUAUUUUUGGGAAGAACCUUGUUCUGGUGAAGAAAUUUAUUGGGAGUAAAAAGAUGGGGGAUAUACUGUCGUUCUAUUAUGGGAAAUUUUAUAGGACGGACAGGUACCAUAGAUGGGCAGAAUGCCGGAAAAUGAAAAGCAGGAGAUGCAUAUAUGGACAAAGAAUUUUUACAGGAUUGAGGCAACAGGAAUUGUUUUCUCGUUUGCUUCCCCACCUGUCAGAAGAAUGCCAAAAUACUUUAAUGGAGGUCUCAAAAGCAUUUGGGGAGGGAAGAAUGUUACUAGAAGAAUAUGUAUUCACUAUAAAGGAUUCAGUUGGGUUGAAUGCACUUGUAGAGGCAGUUGGAGUUGGUAAAGGGAAGCAAGAUCUUACAGGCAUUGUGGAGCCUCCAAAGUCCACUCAAGUUGUUCCUGUCCGGCCAGAGAUACCAAUUGGCAAGGCGUGCUCCACACUUACACCUCUGGAAAUUGUCAAUUUUCUAACAGGAGACUUCCGGCUAAGCAAAGCCAGAUCAAAUGAUCUCUUUUGGGAAGCUGUUUGGCCCCGUUUGCUUGCCAGAGGAUGGCAUUCUGAGCAGCCUAAUAGUAAUGGCUAUGCUGCUGGUUCCAAGCAUUCCUUGGUGUUUCUUAUUCCUGGUAUUAAGAAGUUUUCAAGAAAGAAACUAGUGAAGGGUAACCACUACUUUGACUCUGUUAGUGAUGUCCUGAGUAAAGUUGCUUCAGACCCAGGGCUUCUUGAGCUUGAAAUUGGAGCAGAUGACUAUAGAAGCAAAGUAGAACAUGGGUGGACUGACCAAACAAAACUGGACCUAGAUGAUUUCCCUGAUCAGCAACGCCACUGUUAUCUCAAGCCACGAACUCCUAAUCACGACACAGAUGUAUUGAAGUUUACUGUUGUGGAUACAAGUUUGGCUAAUGGGAAACCAAUCAAGUUGAGAGAACUGAGAAGCUUGCCAUCUGGAGUAAUGAAUACUUCUACCUCUGGAAGUGAUUCUGAAGAUGAUGGAGAUAGUUCAGAGGAGCCAACAGAUAAAUCUGAUUCUGUCAAUACCUCAGGCUUUGAUAGGGAGGAGCCUAGAGCCACCAAUAGCAUUAUUGACCCGGAAAUCAAUUCUGACAGGAUGGGCUUAGAAAGUAAUACUCCCAACGAGGGGUUUCAGGGUAAUGGCCUAUAUCAUGCUAAUUUCUCUGUGAAUAUCCCCAAUGGUCGGAAGACCAGUAUUUGUAACGACACACAGGCAAGGAAAGCCACAAAGUCCCAAUUGAGCCAGAGAAUGGGACCAGACAACACUAACCAUUUACCUCCUGUUAUAAAAAGACGCAGAAAAUUAAAUGCUUGUGGUCGCACAGACACAAACCCCAGGAAAUUCAACAUCUUGCGAGGUCCCACAUUAAAACGAGAUAAGCCCAGUGGCUCUGCACAAGAUCCUGAUUUGAGUGGGAAUGUUCUUUCUCAAUUGGAUUCAUCUCAGGAGAAGAAAUCAUCUACCAGCUUGCCUAAAUGCAGCCCAGUCAUCAGUUGCGAAGGCAUUCUAGGUGGCUCCUGUUUUGCUGCUGAACAUCCUCAUGAAGUACCUCAACCCCGGACACUGAUUGACUUGAACUUACCUAUUGCUUCAGAUGCUGAAGAUGAUGAACCUUUCAUGACAGAAUCAACAGAUCAUGACAAAAUUAGCAAGGAACCCAAUGAUCCCAAUGUAGCGAAACCAUCUGACUGUGUGGCAAAUUCUGAGCAGCAGCCUAACAUAAAUUCCCGGAGACAGAGCACGAGGACCCGGCCACCAACCACUAAAGCACUGGAAGCUCUUGCUUUUGGAUAUCUAGACCCAAAGCAGAAGCGAAAGAGCAGAGAUGCCUCUCCACGAGAAAACUCAAUGUUAAGACCUUCUCGACGUGCUCGUGGUCAAGUGAGAGCUAACGAGAAUUUUGGUGGUAGUGUGGUGGAUUUAAAAGUCGAGGAAAGGGCAAAUGGUGUGUGCCAUAGUAAUGGUGACAUGAUGACAAAGUUGCAGGCUUGACUCAAGGGAAAAGGGGAUCAAUGCCUCUGGUUUCUGGACUGUUUAGCUGCUGAGAUGCCUAGUAACAACAUGAGAAUAUGACUUCCGCCAUUCUUUGUUGUUUUCACGAGCUCUGAAGUAUACCCAAUUCAUUCAACUUCAAUAAUGACCCGUCAUCCCAAUGAGCAAGCAGUUCUUUCACUCUUCUAACUGGUUCAGCAUUUGGGGGCCUCAGUUACAAUUCACAAACGAAAUAUACUCCUAGUCUUCUUUCCAUGUGGCUGUUUUUCAUUAGACAAAGCUCCUGUGGUAGGAGGCACUGAGAAUGAGGAAAACAGAGGUGAGAGUAAUAGGUGCCUGUCAUUCCAACUUGUCUCAGAAUUAAAGCUCCAUUUUCUAUAGACUGAUUUCACCUUUCAGGGGCUAUUCUUAGUUAUUAGUUGUCUCCAUUCUCGACCAGAGUACAUGUCAUUGUUUCCCUGCUGAAUUUCUGUGAGCAUGUUUCUGGCACCUAUGCUCCCCAUGAUAAGAGUUAUCCACUGUGGUUCCUCCUGUUUUCGUGUCAACAUUUAUGAUACUCCAAAAUGUGUUAUAAUUUAUGCAGUCCCCUAUUGAUUUGAGUA